UCUGCUGUGUGUCAGUUGAUCCGGACUCCACAGCAGCAGAUGACAACAACAAAAACACUCGGCUCCACUGAGAGGGUGUUAGCCCAGUUAGCCGCGCGGCAGAAACUCAUUCUGUUUUUGUGUCACAUAGUUAUGAACAAAAUGCCGGGAGUACGGGGUUAUUAGGAGUACGUUUGACCCGUCAGCGUGAAAAUGCUUGUCACUUACUCUUGCUUAAGUUAGACCAGCUAACGUUAGCUCCGCGAGCUCUAUGUAUGUCAACCUUAAACGGGUUAGCUAGCUAGCUCCCGUGCUAGCUUGUUAGCUAGCCUGCUCGCCCGAGAGGAGACGGGAACCGAAAUGCGGGGAAAGUGAGCAGAUGGUGUUGUCUGACUAAAUGAGCAAGAUAAGCAAGUUUGGAGAACUCUGGGAGAUCCACCAUGAAGUUGUAUGUGUUCCAAGUCAACAACGGCAGCACGUUGACAUUUGACACUGACCUUGCUGUCCAAACUGUACAUCAGCUGAAACAUGCCAUCCAAGCCAAAUAUAAAAUCGCAAUUCAGCAUCAAGUCCUUGUUGUCAACGGAGGGGAAUGCAUGGCUGUGGACCGACGAGUCUGCAGCUACAGUGCUGGCACUGAAACCAAUCCCAUAUUCCUGUUCAACAAAGAGAUGAUCCUGUCUGAUCGGGACCCAACAAUCCCCAAAACCACCUUCUCCAUCGAGAGUGAGAUUCAGGUCAAAGUGGAGGAGUCACUACUGAUGCCAGCUGUCUUUCACACUGUUGCCUCGAGAACACAACUUGCCCUGGAAAUGUUUGAAGUUGCCAACAAGCUUUGCUCGUUCUGUGAACGUUUGGUUCACGAUGAACAUCUCCAACAUCAAGGCUGGGCUGCUAUCAUGGCGAACCUGGACGAUUGCACUCUGUCGUAUCAGAGGUUACUCACCAAAUUCAACACCUCCUACACGAAUUAUCAACACGAUCUGGAGGAAAUCAAAGUGAAACUUUCAAAGUUGGGGACAGCCGUCUCGGUGAUGGCCAGGAUACCGCUGCUGGAAUGUUUGACUCGACACAGUUACAAAGAGAGCAUGGAGAAGUCCAGUUCAAGCCCCGGCAGGGAUUCAGACGAAACGGAAGAAGAGAAGUCCACCGACUCGGUCCUCUGCACCGCUCGAGCCCGCAUGCCCCACAAGUCCCCGUCUACCCUGUCCGCCUCCGGAUUGGCUGCAGAAGAGCCGCGUGGAGACCAGGCGACAAACGAAAUGGCCGACAGCGGCGAGCUGAAAGCGGCGCUGCUAGAUGACAGCACUCCUGAGCUCACCAACCAGCCUUUGUUCAACGUCACACUACUGGACUGGAUUAAUGUCCAAGAUCGGCCCAAUGACGUGGAAGCAGUGGUGAGGAAAUGCUUCGACUCCAUCAACAGGCUGGACCCGCGCAUCAUUCAACCCUUCCUGGGAGAUUGCUGUGAAACUAUUGCGAAGUUGGAUAAUCAAAACAUGAAAGCCAUCAAGGGGCUUGAAGACCGAUUGUACGCUCUAGAUCAGAUGAUCGCCAGCUGCAAGAAGCUGGUGAAUGAACAGAAGGAACUUGCUCAGGGAUUUUUGGCAAAUCAGAAACGAGCCGAAAACCUGAAGGACACGUCCGUUCUGCCUGACUUGUGUCUGAGUCACACCAACCAGCUGAUGAUCAUGCUGAACAACCACAGGAAGCUGCUGGACAUUAAGAAGAAGUGCACCACCGCCAAGCAAGAACUGGCAAACAACCUUCAAGUCAGACUCAAAUGGUGCUGCUAUGUGAUGCUUCACGCCGACCAGGAUGCAGAAAAGCUCCAGGCGCUGCUGAGGCUGCUGACGGAGCUGAUGGAGAGAGUGAGGGUGGUGGAGGCCCUCAGCACCGUGCCUCAGAUGUACUGCCUGGCCGUGGUGGAAGUCGUCAGGAGGAAAAUGUUUAUGCGCCACUACAGAGCGUGGGCCAACGCUCUGGUGAAGGACGGGAAACGUCUGUACGAGGCAGAAAAGUUCAAAAGGGAAUCCUUCGGGAAACUCUUCAGGAAGUCUUUCCUUCGAAAUCGUCUGUUUCGGGGGCUCGACUCGUGGCCUCCAACAUCUUUCUGUACUCGAAAGCCCAGAAAGUUCGAUGAUGAACUUCCAGACAUUUCACUUGAUGACCUGCAGUACUUGAAGUCGUGUUGUCCUGACGAGGUGCAGCCUUUCCUAAUGGUGCCCGCCAUGUGUGAUUUUGAGCCCUUAAAUCGCCACGUAGAGAAACUUCAUCAGCUCGUCCAGGCCGCCCAGAGUGUCGACGAGAUGUCCCAAACUAUUACUGACCUGCUAAGUGAACAAAGGGCGUCCUACAGUCAGACCUCCCAGAGAUCAACUGCUUUGACUCCGCAGUCUGAAAAAACGCCAACAUCUCCCAAAACCCCGCCUCCUCCUCUAAGCCUUCAGGGACCCAUCUGCCAGCCCCUCCCCGUCCCCGCCCCCUUGGAGGACUUAUCCCCCGACAGCAUCGACGCGCAGACGUUCGACUUCGAAACCAUCGGGCACCCCAACAUGGACCCGGUCCUGCAGCAGGGGUCGCUCGACUUGGACUCGCUAGCGGAGAGCCCCGAGUCGGAUUUCAUGUCAGCCGUCAACGAGUUUGUGAUCGAAGAGAACCUGGCCUCCCCAAACCCCAUCAGCGAGCCGAUCAGCCCAGAGAUGAUGGUGGAGUCUCUGUACUCCUCCGUCAUUAACGCUAUAGACAACAAGCGGAUGCAGGACACCACCACACUACAGAGAGAGAGCUCCAAGAUCUCUGAGCUCACGCAGGUUCUGGAGAAGUACCAGAGUGCUGCAGAGGAGUCAGUCUCCAAAUUCAGAAGCGUGAAGGACGAUCUGCGGCACUUAAAGAGUCUCGUGUUGAAGGAACGCAACGACUUUACGCUAGCUUUGCAUAGCUUAGCCGCAGAAGUGAGCGGCGCUGUGGGCGGGGUCUACCAGAACCACGAGAUGCAGCUGAAGGAGCAGCACCUGGGGGAGCUCCUGAACCUCCGGCAGGAGCUGGAGCAGCAGAUCCACAACCUGACGGAGGAAAACCAGCUCAACCAGAACAUCGUGCGGGACGUCCAGCGCGCCAUGCUGGAGCUGGAGGGGCUCCUGGAGCGCAAGGAGAAGGAGCUGACGCAGCUGGAGAACGAGAAGGAGCGAUGGGGGGAGAAGGAGGGCGGUCUGAACGAGCGGAUCGGAAACCUGGAGCAGACUAUGAGCGAGCAGACCGAGGAGAUCCGGAUGCUGUCGGCUUUGAGGGACUCUCUGAGCGGCCAGCUGGAGAACCUGCACUUUGAGAUCGAACGCAGUCAGCAGAAGAUCCGACAGGAGAUGGAGGCCGCCAGUCAGUCCCAUCUGAAGGAGCUGGAGGACAGAUUGAAGCAGGAGCACAGGACGGAGCUGGAGACCAUCAGUAAGGAUAACAGGGAGGCUCUGGAACAUCUCACCGCUGAAAAUAACGCAAAGUCGACGACUUCGGCCAGUCACCACGCCGCUGCUAUCCAGGAGAAGGACGCAAAGAUCAAGGAUUUGGAAGCUCGGUUGACUGAACUCGCAGAAAUGCGCUGCAAGUUGGAGGUGGAGCUCGCCUUAAAGGAGUCCGAAUCAGAGGAGGUGAAGAACCACCUUGAGGAGAGCAAGACGCAGCAGUCCGAGACCGUGAAGACCCAAGUCGAAGCCGAGACCAAAACCAUCAGAGAGGAGUUGGCAGGACUCCGGAAGCAGCUUCAGGCUAAAAACGAGGAGUACGAAGUGGACCUGGCCGAGCUGAGAGCCCUCAUGAGAAUCGAGAAGGACCACUGCAUCUCCGAGCUGGUGGACAGACACGACGAGGAGACGGCUCUGCUGCACGGAAACCUCUCCUCCCUGAAGCAACAGUUCCAGGAGGCCCAAAGGAGCCACGGCGAGCAGCAGCAGAACCUCACAGAGCGGUUCAGUCAGCAGAUCGCCGCGCUGACCCAGGAGAAGGAGGAGCAGGUCAGGAGUUUCCGAGCGCUGGAGCAGGAGUUGAGGACUCUCAUCGGGGGUUUACAGUCAGAAAACGACCGUCUUUCCAAAGAGUCAAAGAAAGAGGAGGCGGCAGCAGCAGAGGGCUUCAGAGAGCUGGAGCAGCAGAAAGAGGAGACGGAGAAAAGACUGUUGGACAAAAUCAGACAGCUGGAGACAGAGCUCUCAGAAAAGAAGAAGUUCUCAAAAAGCGAUGAAGGUUUGUCUCUGCACGCCGAGAGCCGGGCGGAUUCUGGAGGACCGCUGUCGCUGGACUCCGCCCUACAAGAGCGGCUGCAGCAGGAGAGGGCGUCGCUGCAGAUGCAGAUGGAACUUCUGGAGAAGAAGAAGAACGAAGAGAUGCAGAACCUCAAGACAUCGCUGAUCGCAGAGCAGCAGACAAACUUCAACACUGUGCUAACCCGAGAAAAGAUGAAGAAGGAGCAGAUCAUCGGAGACCUCACAGAGAAGCUGCGUCAAGUUACCCAGCAGCAGGAGAAGGACAAAGCUCUGAUAGAGACGUUAUCCGAGGACCGAGCCAGCGUGAUGCAGGAGAAGAAACACUUGGAGGAGGAGCUUAACCGCCUGCGCAGCACAGUCCUGGCCUCCUCCAGCAUGUUCACCUCCACCCCCCCGGUGCAGGAGCCCGCAGAGGGCGGGGCGGUGGCGGCGGCGGCGGCUCGAGUUCUGCCUGUCGCUGAGUCUCUGGCUGACACGGAAAGACUGACCUCUGUUGCCGCCAUGGCGGACAACGAGCACGUGGAUUCGGCCGUGGAGGCCAGCAUGGUGACCGUCCAGGACAGCAUCAUGUCGGAGGAGAAGCAGCGCAUCAUCUUACUUGAGAGGACUUUACAUAUGAAGGAAGAAGAAAACAAGCGCCUCAGUCAGAGACUCAUGUCUCAGAGCAUGUCGUCCGUGUCGUCUCGACAUUCAGACAAAAUCGCCAUCAGAGACUUCCAGGUCGGCGAUUUGGUUCUCAUCAUUCUGGAUGAAAGGCACGACAACUACGUGCUCUUCACCGUCGGCCCCACCCUCUACUUCCUCCACUCCGAGUCCCUCACGGCUCUGGACCUCAAACCAGGUCCGAACCACACACCGCCUGCCAUUUUAAUGUAUCGAUUGAAAUAUUCAACCAAUAAAUCAAUAUUCUGCUCCAAAGCUUCAGGGACUUCCAGGCGGCCGUGGGUUCUUGGAAAAGUUCUGGAGAAGGAAUAUUGCCAAGCAAAAAAGGCCCAGAACAGAUUUAAGGUUCCUCUCGGAACCAAGUUUUACCGAGUGAAAGCUGUUCCGUGGAACAGAAAAGUAUAAUAGCCAAGUAAUGAUCUAAACAUUUAAUUUCUUUUGUCAUUUCUGACCAUUAACAUAACUUGAAAAAUGAAGCUUCUUUUUUUUCUUUUUUUUUUUUAAGAAAUAAAAAAUUAGGAUGGAUGUGUAUUUUAUUUUGAAAUCCCACAUGCUUUUGUUUUUAUUUUUUGGUUUUAAACCUGGGUUUGUUCUUGUGGACCAAACGGGGUCCCAGCCACUACACGGUGGGUUACGCCCUCCGACCGGCGUGUUCAACCGAAGAAAACGUUGGAUGUUAAAUAUUUUGUUUUCAGCAUCUGUGGAAAAUACUGUGUCAUUAUCCAGAUCAUUAAUUGAAAAUAAUUACAUUUAUAAAUAGGUGUUGAUGGAGGAAUGUUCAUGGCAUGCAUAUUAAAAAAGAUUUUAAUUUUACUUACCAGAUAAAUGUUGUAGUUGGAAAUGUAGUUAAUGCUGUUUGUUACUCACUGAACAGUAUCGAUGACUGAAGGACGCAGUCUUCUUUGCAAUCCUUGAAAUGCACUUUGGAAAAGCUUUUUUUGAUUUAAAUAAAAUGAAUAAAUAAAAAAGGGAAGUUUAGUUGAGCUGUCAGAACUAAAUAAAUACAUCAGCACAAACUUCUCACCUAUCAUAGAAUUAUUGAUAUGUAGAAAGAAAUACGUUGUGACUGUGUUUCAAUAUCACCAACCUUGUAUAUAACCCAUUAAAUCAAAUGUAACGAUAAAAAAUGACUGUAUUGUACAAGAUAGAGUUUUGAAACAAUAAAGGUUUGAUCCCAAAUUUA